ACACUAGAACCCCUGUCACACCAUAUCGUUCUGUCUGGAGAACCAUGCUGCUACUGCGUGUUUGAGAUCUCUCCAUCCUUCCCACAUACGCACCAUCACCAUGCUGCGCAACACGGCCAAGAACGCGGCUAGCGUUGCUAGCACAGCUCGCGCAGCUGUCACCGAGCUCGCACAGUAUCCCAAGGCCGGCGAGAAGCUUCACGGCUUCACCUUGCUGCGGUCCAAGCAUGUGCCUGAGCUGAAGCUGACGGCCCUACACCUGCAGCACGACAAGACUGGCGCCGAUUACCUCCACAUCGCCCGAGACGACAGCAAUAAUGUCUUCUCCAUCGGCUUUAAGACGAACCCGCCGGACGACACUGGUGUGCCUCACAUCCUCGAGCACACAACGCUCUGUGGUAGCCAGAAAUACCCCAUCCGCGAUCCGUUUUUCAAGAUGCUUCCGCGAACUCUUUCCAACUUCAUGAACGCCUUUACCGCAUCCGAUCAUACAUUCUACCCGUACUCGACGACAAACGCGCAAGACUUCAAGAACCUCAUGUCUGUCUACAUGGACGCCACGCUCCACCCGCUUCUGAAAAAGACCGACUUUACCCAGGAAGGCUGGAGAAUAGGGCCCGAGAAUCCGCAGGCGAUGCAAACUGCUGAGGCCACGGCCGAGGACAGCAAGCUCGUCUUCAAGGGCGUUGUCUACAACGAGAUGAAGGGUCAGAUGUCCGAUGCCGGGUAUCUGUUCUACAUCCGUUUCCAGGACAGGAUAUUCCCCGACAUUAACAACUCCGGUGGCGACCCGCAGAAGAUCACCGACCUGACGUACGAGCAGCUAUCGUCAUACCAUGCGCAGCACUACCAUCCCAGCAACGCCAAGCUCUUCACCUACGGCGACAUGCCUCUGGCUGACCAUUUGCAGAGCCCUAUCGAUCUCAGCAACGGGCCGCAGGAGCACAUUGUCGAGGGACCCCUGGAUCCCCUGGUUGCCGCGGACAAGCAGUUCAAGACGUCCGUCUCCUGGGUAAUGGGAGAGACCUCGGACGUCAUUGAGACGUUCUCGCUGUCGCUUCUCUCAACCUUGCUCAUGGACGGCUACGGUUCUCCUCUCUACAAGGGCUUGAUCGAAUCGGGUCUCGGAACCGACUUUAGCCCCAACGCUGGCUACGAUGGUUCUGGCAAGCUGGGCAUAUACUCUGUUGGUUUGACAGGCGUUCAGGAGGCCGACGUCCCCAAGUUGAAGGCUGAGAUUCAGCGUAUCCUCAAGGAGGCCCGCCAGAACGGGUUCGACCGCACCAAAAUUGACGGCUCUCUGCACCAGCUCGAGUUGGCACUGAAGCACAAGACUGCCAACUUUGGCAUGUCUCUGCUCCACAGGCUUAAGCCCAAGUGGUUCACCGGAGUCGAUCCCUUCGAUUCGCUCGCCUGGAGUGAUACCAUCUCAGCAUUCGAGGCCCGACUGGCUGAAGGCGACUACCUUGAGAGGCUGAUCGACAAGUAUUUGUUGAAUGACAACACCUUGACAUUCACCAUGAAACCUUCAGCUACUUUCAGCGAAGACCUCGCUGCCGAGGAGAAGACGAGGCUGGCCUCAAAAAUUGAGGAAGCGACGAAGAAGGCAGGAGGCGAGUCCGAAGCCCGUAAGCAGUUCGAAGAGCGCGAGCUGGAGCUGCUUGUCGAGCAGGGCAAGUCGAAUACUGAGGACCUCUCCUGCCUGCCCACUGUCCACGUCAAGGACAUCCCUAGGAGCAAGGAGCCGGUCGUGGUGCGCGAUGACAGCACCAAUGGCGUCAAGACGCAGUGGCACGAGGCCCCGACCAACGGCCUCACCUACUUCCGCGCCGUCAACACGAUCGAAAACCUCCCCGACGAGCUGAGAGAGCUGAUUCCUCUGUUCACGGACAGCAUCAUGCGUUUGGGCACCAAGGACACGUCUAUGGAGCAGCUGGAAGACCUGAUGAAGCUCAAGACUGGCGGCAUGUCGGUCGGCUACCACUCCACCCCUUCGCCUACCGACUUCCAGCACGCUACCGAGGGCUUCAUCUUCGCAGGCAUGGCACUGGACCGAAAUGUCCCUGCCAUGUUCGAUCUUCUGCGUAAGCUGAUCCAGGAAACCGACUUUGACAGCCCCGAGGCCGGCCAGAGGAUCAGGCAACUCCUACAAGCUUCGGCAGACGGUGUCGUGAAUGACAUCGCCUCGUCCGGUCACCAAUUCGCGCGUGGGGUUGCCGAAUCCGGUCUGACGCGUAACGCUUGGCUCCGGCAGCAGAUUGGCGGCCUCUCCCAGGUGAAGCUUGUUACUUCGCUGGCCAACCGGCCCGAGUCGGAUGGGCUGGUUGAUGUGAUCGACAAGCUCAAGAAGAUCCAGCAGCUCGCUCUAGCCGGCGGAAACAUGCGCACCGCUCUGACCUGCGGCUCUGAGAGCGUGGGAGCCAACACGUCGGCCCUGGGCAAGUUCUUGUCGUCCGUGCCCCAGAGCACCGUGUCCCUGCCGGCAACGCAGCCAACAAGCUUUGCCCGGGAUGCCAAAUCGUUCUACCCCCUGCCUUACCAGGUGUACUAUGGCUCGCUCGCCCUGCCCACCACCUCGUACACGUCGGCCGAGGGUGCGCCGCUGCAGGUGCUGGCACAGCUGCUUACCCACAAGCACCUCCAUCACGAGAUUCGCGAAAAGGGCGGCGCGUACGGCGGUGGAGCGUACUCGCGCGCCCUCGAUGGCCUCUUCGGCUUUUACUCAUACCGCGACCCCAACCCGCAAAACACGCUCUCCAUUAUGCGUGGCGCCGGGCAGUGGGCGGUCGACAAGUCGUGGGCCGACAGGGAUCUCGAGGAGGCCAAACUGUCCAUCUUCCAGAGCGUGGACGCGCCCCGCUCGGUCAACGAGGAGGGCAUGGGCCGUUUCCUGUCUGGCAUCACCGACGAGAUGAAGCAAAUGCGCCGCGAGCAGCUGCUCGACGUGACGAAGGAGCAGGUGCGCGCCGUGGCGCAGAAGUACCUCGUCGACGGCCUCAAGAAGGAGGAGGAGCGGGUGGCUUUCCUCGGCGAGAAGAGAGCUUGGGUUGACGGAUCCUGGAAGGUCCAAGAGAUGGACAUUCAGGGGGCCGAGGAGCUCGACUAA